ACUUUUAAUUCAAAACAGAAUCUUCGGUCUUGCGCUCAUUUAGUUUUGACAAGUAAGCACAUCAAUCAAACAACAAACAUCCUGUCCCUGCCUUCUUCAAAUCUCAAAAUCUGUGACAGUGGCGUAACGUGACCGGAUUGAUGAUCAUAGUUAGUUAGUGUGGCAUCAUGCACAUAGUAGGUUAACAGCAGGGCAAAUGUAAAAGCAAAUUUUGCGAUCCAAAAUGGCAGCAAAAGGUAGCCACAUUACACACAAAGGAAGGAGUGGAAAAAGUAAAAGAUGAACUGGUUCACUUGGACUUUACUUCUGUUUCAAACAACCCUAUUCUCGUUUGCACACCCUUACUUAAGCACAAAUGAAUCCUGCAACUAUGCAAGAGGAUGUGGUAUUGAUAUUACACAAACUCAAUGUGAGCAGCGGAAUUGUUGCUACAGACCAUCAAUCAUUAGACGUCAUAACUGCUUUCAAAGACAAUUGCCAAGUGAAGAAAAUUUACCAGUGACUGGUAACCACAAUGGCCCAUCAACAACACAACAAGCAAACAUAUUAAAUGGUGAAAUGGAACCACCAGAUGCCUUCCAUUUACCACCACAAAUGGAGGAAUAUAUAAACAUGUUCACACACACUGGAGACACUCAACUUACACCGGCCCAAGCCCUACAUAUUGCAAACACAUUUGAAAAGUUCCUAAUGCAGCAAGCAGCACGAGGUGUGGGGAUGAACUGGGAUUACAACAGAAAUGAAAUCUUUCAUGCAUUAGUUAAAACAGACCACGCCACUUUUCUUGAAGAAGUUGUAUUUGAUAGCGGAACUACUAUAAAAUUAAACCAUUCACACGAGGAAUUGGCUCAAAGAAAUAUUACAGCGAUUAUAAUAGUGGAGUAUUUGACUAUGGGCAGAAGAAUAUUGAAGGGAAAAUCAUUGUAUAACACAACUGUAAAAAAAACAGUUGGGGUGAAUGGAUUGGAAUGUCCUUUGGAAGUCGAUAUCAUAGAUAACUCAACCCUUUUAUCAGUGACUGCAUACGAUAGCAAUUGGAAUAAAGUACCCGUGUUCGUUCACUUCACAUUCACUAAACUAAACACCACAACUAACAAUUCAAAACAUGAAGAGAAUGAGGGACCUUCAUGUCAAUAUAUUGAUGAAACCACCAACCAGUGGUCACCAUAUGGAUGUAAAGUUGUGGGUAAAGGCCAAGGUUCCGUUCAUUGUUUCUGCAACCACACAACCAAGUUCUCUGUGCUUUUUGUCGUGCGCCCCUUGCCCUUUGAAAUGCCACCACACCACGCCAGUAAUAUUCUGGUACUGGAAUUCGUAAUGGAAGGUUUAUCCUUCACAUGCCUCACAAUCACAAUGCUCAGUUUGUUCCUCGUUCUUCGAAGACGAUCCAAAUCAUCAACAAGCACAGCAGCAAGAGAGCGCACCAUCGUGCAUAUUAACUUUAUUGCAGCCCUGGCAGCUUUACACUUGGUUAGAUUGAUCAGUGAGGCUUCUCUUGGCAAUAAUGGAAUGUGCAAUAUGACAGUGGUCCUGAGUCAUUACUUUGUGCUUGCAAGUGGCAUUUGGAUGCUGAUCGAGGGACUUGUCCUGUAUUUGAACCUUGUUGUUAAAAGCAUGAAGUUCAACAGACUUGGUUGGUACAAGUUUGCUGCUGGAUGGGGAAUUCCAUUUGUGAUUGUUUUUAUAUCAGCCGUUGUUGGAUUCACACAUGGAAUUUACGUCCAACGAGCAGAAAAACAAAUGCAGUGUCCUCCACUGAAUGGUGAGGUGACUAUAGAUCAGACAGAGAUCACUUUCAAGUACUGUUGGCUUGGAACAAAGCAUAACAUGAUAUGGUCAGCCACUGGACCCCUGAUCGCUAUUUUUAUCAUUAACUUCUUUAUUCUUUCACACACUGUCGCAUUGAUUUUAAAGCUGAGCUUAAAAUCUAAGGCAAUGAAGCCUUCAAGUUCCAAGAGUAACCAUGGACAACAUUUGUGGCACACAACAAAAGGGAUCCUGGUUCUUUUCCCAAUACUUGGUGUUCCAUGGUUGAUUGGAUUCCUGGUUAAUAUUCGGGAGUAUCACGUUAACAUUGUGUUCCAGUACAUCCAUGUAUCACUGAAUGGGUUGCAAGGAGUGUUUAUCUUCAUAUUUUACUGUGCAGUGAAUAAAGAGGUGAGAGAGAUAUUGUACAGAGUAAUGAGCAAUAAAUGGGAUCAACACAAGUUGUCUGCAUCGCGGUCAGCAAACAACUCAUUAUCAGCAAGAGAUAGAUGGAAGAAAAGUAUCCAAAGUAUCAUGAAUGCUAACAACAGCACAAACUCACUGCAGAAGCAGACAAAACAUAAUCUGAGUCAGUAUUCGGUCAAUACUGCACAAAGAGCAAGUUCUGGUUCAAACUCAGCAGCAAGCACAAUCUACAGAACAAAACAAAAAUAUUCCACUGGUUCAUUCGACAGAUCUCGAAUGAAUAGUUUCGGAAAACCAGGAUUAAGUUGCAGUCUGCCUCGUGGUAUGGGUUACCAGACCAUGCCACAAGUUACAAGGACUCCAAGCACAAGGUCAUUGCACUCAGAGAACAACAGCAUUCCAAGGAUAUGUAACCAAUGCGGGAGUCUUAAAACGCAUUCUAAACUGAGUAGACUUGAUUCAGGCUGCAGUAACUGCAAGAGGCAUAAUCUUUCAGCCAAGUCUUCAACAGACAUACAUGCUGAUGCUGCAAUGGACACAGUAUGCACGGAGCUGCCUGUGGUGAACCAGAGGUGGCAUCGAAUGACAGCAGAAGAGUUUAAAAGAUUUUCGUCCAUCCCAGAAGAAAAGAGAAGAAGUGGUGUGAAUUCAUUUUACCAGGACAAUGAGACUAAUCCACUGCCAUGGGAGAAAAAGGCAAAGACAAUUGAACGAACCAAUGUCUCACAACGGUUCGGUAGUUCAAAUACUUACAUUGUACCAAUAGAUGUGCAUGCUGCAUUAGAGUCUGAUAACGAAGAGGAGAGAAGCAUAGGUUCUGUGGCCGAAGAGGAGAGAAGCACAAGAAGAAGUUCUGUGGCAGAGGAGGAGAGAAGCACAAGAAAAAGUUCUAUAGCAGAGGAGAGAAGCACAAAAAGAAGUUCUGUGGCAGAAGAGAGAGGACCAGAGGAACCAUUACAAACUAAUUAUUUCAGCAUGGUUAGACAUAAGGAUGCUGGCAACACUGUUAAGAUGGUAGAUGUUGAUAUAGAUGAUGAUGAUGAUUAUGCUGAACUGCCUGAACCAGAACAAACUUAGCAAUCCAAUACGGACCCUUACACUGGGUUAUAGCCGGUGGUACAGUAAGGGGGUUUUAGAGGUCACAACCCCUAUUUUUUGUAAAAAAAGAGUAAAAUUUACUGGAUUAAAAAUGCAAUUGCAGUAUCUAGUUCUUUUUUAAAGAGAGUUUAGUAAUGAAUCAUUUUACUAAAGAUUGUCAAUCGUGUAAAAGUAGGUGUUUUAGGCAUAAGUUUUUCGCUGGAUCACUGAUUGUUACGUUACAAGUUUUAAUAUUAUGCUGGCAAAAACUUUAUACACCUGUGCCAACUGUCAAACUAUAUAAACUACAAUAACUUACCUCUGUAUUCGGCCUGUUUAUGACUAACUACUGUAAAAUAUGAACUAAAGUUAUCUAUAAAAUAAAUUAUACACUGAGCUGUUUCAAA